AUGAGAGGAUUACUUCCCUCCGAGUUGAUUUCAAACUCAUUAUAUUUCCGGGGUCCUGAAUUUUUAUUUCAAUCUGACGAUCAUUGGCCCGUGUCUACCGUGUCUGAGCUGACGUUACCAUCGAUAGAGCAAUUACCUGAGACUAGGUGUACAACAAAUGUUUUACAUUUGCACGAAGAACAAAACUGUGAGUCAAUUAUUCAAAGAUUUUCAUCAUUAUCAAGAAUACAGAGAGUGUUAGCUUACUGCUUCAGAUUCAUUGACAAUUCGCGGCGGCGACAAGUCAACUUUGGUCCAGUAUCUUGGCAAGAAUGCGAACGUGCUUUAUUGUCGGCUGUCAAGUGUUCUCAAAAAAUCUAUUUUUCUGAACUUUAUCACAAACUGGUGAAUUCAAAAUCAAUAGUCACACCAACCGUCCUCGCACAAUUGGCUCCGUUUUUGGACGAGAGACAGGUUAUUCGAGUUGGUGGUCGAUUGAAAUAUUCAUCUUUAAAUCCAGAUGCAAAACACCCGAUACUCUUACCAAAAUCAUCUCAUCUUAGUCAAUUAAUUAUACAACAUUAUCAUUCUAGUACGUUACACGGUGGAACUCGUCUAUUAUUGUCAUUGAUCCAACGCCGUUUCUGGAUUGUCUCCGGUCGAGCAGCAAUUCGACAGGUAAUAUUUAAAUGUAUCACCUGUGUCCGGCACAAAGCUAAGUGUUCCCAGCCCGUAAUGGCUGAUCUACCAUCGUUCCGAGUUAAGCCACACCGUCCAUUCAGUAAUGUUGGAAUGGAUUAUGGGGGACCCUUUGCAGUGAAAGAGAGCAAGCGUCGAAACGCCAAGAGUUAUAAGGCAUAUCUUGCGUUGUUCGUAUGCUUAUCAACAAAGGCGGUCCAUUUGGAAGCAGUUACAGAUCUUUCCACUGAGGCUUUUUUAGCUGCUCUAGAUCGCUUCGUGGCCAGACGAGGAAUUCCAGCGACCAUACGAUCAGACUGCGGCACUAACUAUGUUGGUGCAGCUCGGAUACUGAAAAAUUUAUUUAAAGACGCCACUGUACAAGACGUUUUACACGCCCGUAUCCCCUGUCAAUGGAUAUUUAAUCCACCUGCUGCCCCUCAUUUCGGGGGAAUAUGGGAAGCAGCAAUAAAAAGUGCGAAGCUGCAUAUGAAAAAGGUAAUCGGAUCUCAGAUUUACACAUUGGAGGAAUUUAUGACAUUGAUCACCAAGGUUGAAGGAGUGUUAAACUCGCGACAAUUAGUGGCUGCGUCCAGUGAAACAAACGAUUUGUGCGCGUUGACUCCUGGUCAUUUUUUAAUUGGUCAACCGAUCAUAGAAAUUCCUGACAGUGACGUUACCGACGUACCCCAAAAUCGUCUUCGAAGAUGGCAAUUGGUCAAACAGGCUACUCAAUCAUUUUGGACUCGAUGGAAUCGCGAAUACCUUCAUACAUUACAAAGCCGACAAAAAUGGUACUCCCAAUGCGCCAAUUUGAACGUGGGAGACAUGGUGAUUAUAAAUUCCCCAACUCGCCCUCCUCUAGCUUGGCAAUUAGGUCGAGUGAUCGAAGUUCAUCCUGGACCAGACAAGGUAGUGCGAGUAGUCACAGUAAGAACGGCAGAGGGACUAUUCAAGAGGCCAGUAGUAAAGGUUGUCAAGCUACCUAUCUCCGAAGAUGCAACCGAUCCUAACUGA